CAACAUUCCCCGUGUGUGUUAUUGUGGAGCAGCUACUGGUUACCUGUACUUUUCGUUUUACGCUAAAUAAAUACUCUUGAACUGUAAAACACAAAUACAGUGUCUUUGUUUGUUUGCGUAUAGAUGGACGGUGUGCCUUGCCUUCGUGUGUCGCAGUGCCAUGCACAGCAGUUAAGGAAGUGUCUACAGUCCAAAGGAGCUCUGGACCUGAGUUUGUGUUUACUGAAAGACUCAGGCGUGACUGGGACAGUCCUCUUGCCCAUUUUACCAUCAUGUGUGUCACAACUUGAUCUGCAAUCUCUCAGAACAAUGGUGGCUUCAGACAGUGAUUGUGAAAUAGUUUGGAGCCAGUCUCAUUUGCAGUCAAAGAAGGAGAGAGGAAGGACGAGUGCUAAUAAACUAGAGAAAAUCCUCCUGGAGCUGUUGGAAUCUCAUGGUGAAAGAUGGACAGAGGAGUUGAGGGGGGACCUCCCUCGCAGCUUCCAGAGGCAUGGAGACCUAGUCCUGCUGGGAGACAACUGUUUCACCCUGCCACUAUGGAAGAAAAUGGAUAAACAGCUAUGGAUUGCUGUGGCCAAAGGACUUGGGGCAAAGCGCCUGGCAAAGAUGAGUCGAAUAUCCAAGGAUGGAUUUAGGUCUCCCGUGGUGACGAUUCUGUUAGGACAGCACUGCUGGGUCAAACAUGUGGACAAUAAGAUUAGGUAUGAGUUUGAUGUCACCAAAUGCAUGUUCUCAGCUGGAAACAUAACGGAGAAGCUCCGGGUGGCUGGAUUUGACUGCAGAGGGGAGACUGUGGUGGAUUUGUAUGCAGGUAUUGGAUACUUCACCCUCCCAUAUCUGGUAUAUGCGGGGGCUAGUCAUGUUCACGCCUGUGAGUGGAACCCUGACGCAGUUGAAGCUUUACAGAAAAACCUCGUGGCAAACAGGGUGUCUGACCGUUGCACUGUUCACCAAGGAGACAACCGAAAACUCCAGCUGUGUGACAUUGCUGACCGAGUGAACCUGGGUCUCAUACCGAGCUCUGAGGACGGCUGGCCUGUUGCCUGUCGACUGCUGAAGAGAACAACUGGUGGCAUUUUGCACAUUCACCAGAACGUUACCUCACCGUUACCGAACACGGCAGCCGUUUCAGCAGUCGAUGACACCACUGAGAGGGUUUCUGGGAAGAAAGUUGACAGAGACGUGUGGCAGGCCUGGGCCGCUGACACAGCAAACCAAAUCGCCUGCCUUUUAAAGGACAUCACUGGUGCACCGUGGAUAACAAACAUCCAACACAUCGAACACGUUAAGUCAUAUGCACCUCAUGUUCACCAUAUUGUGCUGGACUUGGAGUGCAGACCAUCCUGAGCCGAACAGAUGCUGAGUGGACACUCUGGCAUUAAACAUUUUAAUGUUGCUUUAUUCUAAAGAGGAAUUGGGCAUCUGUGUGGUCCAGAUGUUUUCAAUGCAACCAAACAGUAGUGGUUUGUGAAACCAGUGGCUGCAGUGUUUUUUAUAAACCUUUUAUUUGUCCAGGGCAGGUUCACUAAGCACAAAUGCUGUUUUUCUUUUGUCAGUUUUUUUCUAGAAACGCCCUGUCUUACACUCAUGUCAGUAUAAUCACACCUGGGAACUGCUAAGUCGUAUCACAACCACAGUCUUAUCUGUUGGCUACUGGACAGCAGAGAAGUCAUGAUUUAUGUGCCUUGCUCAAGGGCACCACAUUCUCGUUAUACUCACUGGGUUUCCAUCUGGUGUUUGAUCCAUAGACCCUUUUGCUGAAAUGAAAAGCUGAAGACUUGACUCACAUCCAUUGUUCCUGACUCUCACAUCAGUGACAAUAACAGGAAAAUGCAAACUUACAAAACUCUAUUAUGACCUGUCAAACUACAGGAGUCAUAUUUGACAUGAAAGUAAAGGUCAACCUCUAUGAGACAUUUAAAUAGAUAACAUACAUUACAUACUCUACCUUGCCAAUUUAUUUUCAGAACUUCGAGAGGCAACAGUUAUUUUUUCCAAAAACAUUUGAAAAAACACAAGAGUUUCACUCCUGAGCUAUAAACAGGUGACAACAUAAAGGAUAAACCUGAAUAAAUGAGUGGACAAACAGAGCACACAGGGUGCUUACUGAAUGGUAAUAAUAUGAAUCAUAUGAUUUGGCCUUCACAGUCAUUAGGUCUGAACCCAAUUGAACAGCUAUGGGAGAAUUUGGAUCCAAAUAAAGGAAUGUCUUCUGGAUGAAUGGUGUUCAUCCUUCCUGUAGAAAUCUAUGCCAAGGAACAGUGAAGCUGUUGUGGCGGCUCGUGGUGAACCAACACGUUACUAAGACCGUUAAUGUGUUUGUUUUUUUCUCCCAUCUGUAUCUGCCAUGGAUGUAGUAGGAGGUGCAAAAUGUGUAUUUGCACUACUUCGCCAAAAGAGCCUACUCAAGACACUGUUGGAUUUUCUCAGCAAGUGAUGGCCCAUAUGAGUUUCCUCUCAAGUGUAGUAUUAAUUAUAUGAAAUACAAACUCAGCAGAUCUA